AGGCGGGCACUUGUUUUGUUCACAUCGCAACUGUAAAGACGUAUACCAAAAUGGCUGAGAAGGACACCAAGAAGGCUCCUAAGAAGAAACCAGCGACCCAUCCGCCUGCUGCUGAGAUGGUUAUGACAGCAAUUACCGAACUGAAGGAGAAGAAUGGAUCUUCGCUGCAGGCAAUCAAGAAGUACAUCGAGCAGAACUUCGAUGUCCAGAUGGACCGACAGCUCAUAUUCAUCAAGAAGGCUCUGAAGGCUGGUGUGGAGAAGGGCAAACUUACGCAGACGAAGGGGAAAGGUGCUUCGGGGUCAUUCAAGUUGAAUGUGCAAGCAGCCAAGGCACAGGCAGCGGAGAAGGCCAAGAAGGAAAAGGAGAGGGCCAAGAAGGAGAAAGAGAGGGAGAAGGCCAAGGCGAAAGCUGCAGCCCAGAAGGAGAAAAAGCAGAAGGCAGCCGCCGCUAAGAAGGCAAAAGCAGCACCCAAGAAAGUGAAGAAGUCAGUAAAGAAGACUACUGAGAAGAAAGAGAAGAAAAAGACGCCGAAGAAGAAAGUCCCUGCCAAGAAAUCGACACCCAAGAAGGCGACCAAGAAGGCGGUAGCCAAGAAGCCAAAGGCUUCGAACCCCAAGAAACCCGCGGCAAAGAAGGUGACAAAGAAAUCCAACGUAACAUCCAGUCUUCAGUAUCGUACAACAACUAGCUCUCAUUCAUCAAGAUGUCUGGUCGCGGAAAAGGAGGAAAGGGUCUUGGAAAGGGUGGUGCCAAACGUCAUCGCAAGGUUCUACGAGACAACAUCCAAGCUUACAUUCAUCAUGGCUCCAACAGGUCAAGUUGCCAAGAAAGGUUCCAAGAAAGCAGUCAAGGCCCCCCGGCCCAGCGGCGGCAAGAAGAGGCAGAGGAAAAGGAAGGAGAGCUACGGAAUCUACAUCUACAAAGUCCUUAAGCAGGUUCACCCUGAUACCGGAAUUUCUGGCCGGGCCAUGACGAUCAUGAACAGCUUCGUCAACGACAUCUUCGAGCGGAUUGCCGGCGAAGCUGGUCGGCUGGCCCAGUACAACAAGAAAUCUACCAUCAGCAGUCGUGAGAUACAGACCGCCGUGCGCCUUCUUCUUCCAGGGGAGCUUGCUAAGCACGCCACGGCUCGCAAAUCUACCGGAGGAAAGGCUCCCAGAAAGCAGUUGGCAACCAAGGCGGCCAGGAAGAGUGCCCCAGCCACAGGGGGAGUUAAAAAGCCACAUAGAUACAGGCCUGGAACUGUCGCCUUGAGAGAGAUUCGCCGCUACCAGAAGAGCACCGAGCUUCUGAUCCGCAAACUCCCAUUCCAGCGUCUUGUGAGGGAGAUUGCCCAGGACUUCAAAACAGAGCUCCGCUUCCAGAGUUCCGCCGUAAUGGCCCUUCAAGAAGCUAGCGAAGCCUAUCUGGUCGGGCUAUUUGAAGACACCAACCUGUGCGCCAUCCAUGCUAAGAGGGUUACCAUCAUGCCGAAAGAUAUCCAGCUGUUCCCAGUGGGACGUGUUCACCGAUUUCUUCGAAAGGGCAGCUAUGCACAGAGGGUAGGCGCUGGGGCACCCGUCUACAUGGCUGCAGUAUUGGAGUACCUGACUGCCGAAAUCUUGGAACUCGCCGGUAAUGCUGCUCGUGACAACAAGAAGUCUAGGAUCAUCCCUCGUCACCUUCAGCUCGCCGUACGCAACGACGAGGAACUGAACAAACUCUUGGGUGGUGUGACAAUCGCACAAGGUGGUGUACUGCCAAACAUCCAAGCCGUGUUGCUUCCAAAGAAGACCGCUAAAUCAACAUUUCGCGGUGAGGCGGGCACUUGUUUUGUUCACAUCGCAACUGUAAAGACGUAUACCAAAAUGGCUGAGAAGGACACCAAGAAGGCUCCUAAGAAGAAACCAGCGACCCAUCCGCCUGCUGCUGAGAUGGUUAUGACAGCAAUUACCGAACUGAAGGAGAAGAAUGGAUCUUCGCUGCAGGCAAUCAAGAAGUACAUCGAGCAGAACUUCGAUGUCCAGAUGGACCGACAGCUCAUAUUCAUCAAGAAGGCUCUGAAGGCUGGUGUGGAGAAGGGCAAACUUACGCAGACGAAGGGGAAAGGUGCUUCGGGGUCAUUCAAGUUGAAUGUGCAAGCAGCCAAGGCACAGGCAGCGGAGAAGGCCAAGAAGGAAAAGGAGAGGGCCAAGAAGGAGAAAGAGAGGGAGAAGGCCAAGGCGAAAGCUGCAGCCCAGAAGGAGAAAAAGCAGAAGGCAGCCGCCGCUAAGAAGGCAAAAGCAGCACCCAAGAAAGUGAAGAAGUCAGUAAAGAAGACUACUGAGAAGAAAGAGAAGAAAAAGACGCCGAAGAAGAAAGUCCCUGCCAAGAAAUCGACACCCAAGAAGGCGACCAAGAAGGCGGUAGCCAAGAAGCCAAAGGCUUCGAACCCCAAGAAACCCGCGGCAAAGAAGGUGACAAAGAAAUCCAAGUGAUUUCUGGAUAGCCACUUUCCAGUGCCAACCAAACGGCUCUUUUCAGAGCCACCA